AUGUACUCUGUCACAGGUUUUCAGGUGAAGGUGACUCCUAAACAGAACUCAGCGUAUAAGACACUGACCUGUAGCACCACCUGUAUUCUGACUGGUAACCCCACCUACAUCUGGUACAAGAACGGACAGAUAGUAACUGACAACACGUCCCCCUAUUCAGUCUACUCUAAUGCUGUAGACAGUUACUCCUGUGUUCAGGGUCAGAGCUGCAACAGUGUGACUUACACCAAGAGGACAAUCUGUGUCUUGAAGGGGUCAACAGUGGACAUAUACUGUACUUAUGUUGGUUAUUAUGCCACCACAUCAACAUUCUGGUUUAGAAGUGAUAAGUCGACCCCUGAAGACCUAACCAGAGACCCAAGGUAUGCAAGUCGUGUGGAUUACACUGGAACAUACAAAGAUCCCAUCACCCUGAGAAUCACAGAUCUGAGAGAGGAGGACUCAGCUGAGUAUCGCUUCACUUUUAAAACAUACUACUUUGAAUGGGGUCAUAGUUUCCCAGGAACAACUCUGUCUGUCACAGGUCUGCAGGUGAAGGUGACUCCUGCUGCAGAGGGACAGAAGACACUGACCUGUAGCACCACCUGUACUCUGACUGACAACCACAACCCCACCUACAUCUGGUACAGGAAUGGACAGAAUGUACAAGAUAACUCCUCCCCCAUGUACUCCAUCAGCAGUGAGGAUGAAGACAGCUACUACUGUGCUGUAAAAGGCCGUCUCAGCUCUCCUGCAAGUUACACCUGGUACAAGAAGAAUGGAGGUCACUAUCAGAGUAUGACAGGACCACAGCAUGUCUUCAGUCAAAUCCAGUCAUCUGACAGUGGAGAGUACUACUGUGAGUCCCAGAAUGAGAUGGGGACUGACAGGUCUAGGACCAUAAACAUGGAUGUGAAGUGUGAGUAA